UCUUUUUUCUAUGCACCAGGUUCUGCAGUAGUCGUUUUGUGGGCCGUGUGUAUUUUUGGGGAAGAGAGAAAGACAAUAUGGAUUAUAGGGUUUUUUUUAGGUUAUGUCCAAAAACUUUUUACAAUAUUUGUCAAUUUAAAAUUUUUGUUUUGAUUGUUAUGCCUGAAAAAUGAAAAUAGAAAUUGGAUUUUGGAAUAAUAUAGAUCGUUAAUGUUAUUUAUUAUCAUUUAUCAAUAAUUAAUAAUUAUCAUAUCAAUAUUGGCCCCAUUUAACAUUAAAAACGUAUCACUAAAUUUUCUAUAAAAUAGUGAUAUUUAUAGUGAUAAGUUCUUAUGUCCUAUCCAUUUUUAUGUUAUCUAUGCUUUAUAUAGCCUUUAUUGUCCAUGUAUCCCUAGAUUCUUUACUCUAGUAUUUGGAAAUAUUACUCUCUGUACUCCUCUACAUGAUACUUAUCUAUGCUAUAUAGUCUAUAGUUCAGUCUUAUAUCCAUACCACGGGGCAAGGACUAAGAUAAAUAUAAUAUAUCGAUCGGGUCAAUAUUUUGGGCGUUCAAGAAGUUACAUGUAUGUGCAAUAUACAAGCGAUACCAUACCACCGUCUUAGAUUAGCGAUUUGUACCGAACGGCGACCAUAGAAUAUAUUAAACAUUCUUUUAUCAAGGUUUUCAAGGAAGACUUUGGAGUGCAUCGAUACGAGUUGGUACGUAACUGUUACGAUACUCAUUAAUUUUUUUCUUCUUGAAAACCUUGAAUUUGUAACCCAUGACAACCAUUUACAUAUAGAAAUUUCACGUUCGUACGUUACAACACGGUGAACAAAUACAAUGGAUACAUGAAAUGAAAUAGCAUCAAACUCAUAGCCAGCCAAACUUCCUGUUGGAAAUCCUGGGAAUUUCUUCGGCGAAAACCGCGCUUUUCAGAGCUACCCAAAAGACACCUGCUUGUACAUCGCCAUUACAUUCAUUACAAGAAAAAAAAAACAAAAUUUCUUUAUAUAAAAUAACACAAAUUGCUUUCAAAACACCUAAUACUCGAUUCCAUUUAAUACACCAGAAACCAAUAUCCAAAUUUAUUAUUUUGGAUGCAAGGCCAUGGAAAUAGAUACCAACAUAGAACCAACAACUAUGGAUAUUACUAUAUUAGUGGAAUAGGAAAAAGAAAAAAGGCUAGAGCUUAGGGCUAGCUAUAAAUUAAGAAACAAUGGGUUUGCAGUCAUAAGAAAGAUUUAAUGUUUAUUAUGUUUAUAUAAUAUUAUAUCAUUUUGAACUAAUUUGUUACAAUAUUUUAAUCAUAAAUAUAAUAAUUUUGUAUGAAUUAUAUAAUAAUUUGUUUUUGUUUUUAUAUUUUAGAUACCAUUUAAGACCCAGAUCAACCGAUUUCCACAAUAAGAGUUGCUGCCAUAUUCUUUAUUUUUAUAUUGUUAUAGCAAUAAAUAAUAAUAGCCUAUAGCUAUAAUAUAUUAUCUAUUUGCAUGUGAAUAUUAAAUACUUUUGAUCGAAUGUGGAUUGCAUAUGAUAUAUCUUGUGGUUUUAAGAAACUACCUGUAUUUGGAGCAUCGCCCAUGUUUGGAUCAAUAUUUAAACAAAAAAAUAUAAAUUUUAAACUUAGUUCAGCAGCUCAACCCCCAUCGACUGAAUGUGUGUCUCUGUCCACUUAUUCAAACUUUAGAAACACAGUUCAAAAUCAAAAUAUUGUCUUACCUACUCCAACCUAUAUUGGAUUUGGACAAUAUCGAAAUCCCACCCAAUUCAAACCUCAAACCGAACUAGACAGGUUAAAUUCCAAUAGACCUCGUCGCCCUAAACGUCGUUGCCAAUGAUUUCCUCAAUUGUUAAAAAUAAACCAAUUCCUGAGAGUUCUGUUACUUUUUCUUCGUGACUUCUUUAUCUUUUUAUAAUUCAUGACUUUUUUUAUAAAAAAAAAAGGAAGUUGGUUCUAAGAACAAAAUUAACUAGAACCAACAUCAAUGUUAACUAUUAUUUUCAAAAAUUGUAUAUCGUAUGUACUCAACUGUGAAAAAUAAAAUAAUUUUAAAAUGUUUUUUUAAAACUUAUUGUUUGUACAACUCAAUCUAAGAAAACCAUUGUAUUUAUUUAUUUAUUUUUAAUCUAAUACUAGUAGGUACCUUAGUAGUUGAUGCUGUACCCCGAGGAAAAAACAUAACAAAAAAUUAGAAGAAAUUAAAUAAAUUUGGAAUUUUAAGUUAUUGUGACUUAAAUAUUAAUAUUGAAUAAUAUUUAUUUAUAAUAUUGUAUAAUUAUUGUUUUAUUUAAUUUAAUUUAGUUGUUUGAGGAUCUUUUAUGAAUAAAAUUGUUUAAAAAUUGUUAUUAUAUUUAA